UGCAACAGCUUUUCUGGUUGGAAACGCUCUUUGAAAUCUCAUGGAUCACCUUCAAAUCCUCUCAAGAACACUCAAUUCAGGCCUUUUGGCUUCAGGCCCUAUAAUCACCUCAUCUCGUGCUUCCCACAGUUCUUCGUAUUGCUAUUCCGUGAAGUGGGAUCAAUAUUCGGCUGCUCUUGAUCAUUUUGGCACUACGUGUUCCCUUUUUUCUUUUCAUCUUCAAACUUGAGUUGAACGAUGGGUCAUUCAUAUGUGCUGGAAUAAUAAUGGGGCUCUCAUUUUCCAGUUUUACCUGCGAUUUCUGGUUUAUCAUGGUGUGCAUGGAAGGAUGACUGGGACAUCUGUCCUUACGCAAACCCAUAUUUUAUCACCACCAAAGAAUCCACCGCAAAACAUUGAAUUCAGUUUCAGGCUCAACGAGCAGAAAGGCUUGUCUCUGUUGAAAAGAUGCAACAGCAUGGAAGAAUUUAAGCAAGUUCAUGCCCAAAUCCUGAAGUUGGGCUUAUUCUGGGAUUCUUCCUGUGCGAGCAAUCUUGUGACUACAUGUGCCCUAACUAAUUGGGGCAGUCUGGAGUAUGCUUGCUCAAUCUUGUCAAUUGAGGAACCUGGUAGUUUUGAAUUCAACACCAUGAUCAGAGGCUACGUCAAGAAUAUGAAUCUAGAAGAAGCUUUGCUUCUUUAUGAAGAGAUGUUUGAAAGAGGAGUUGAACUUGACAACUUCACUCACCCCCCUCUGCUCAAGGCAUGUUCUCUUCUAGGAGCUCUCCAAGAAGGGAGGCAAAUUCAUGGCCAUGCUUUUAAGGCAUGUCUUGAAGAUGAUAUAUUUGUACAGAACAGUUUGAUCAGCAUGUAUGCGAAAUGUGGGCAAAUAGAGGAUGCCCGUGCCGUGUUUGAGAAAAUGGGUGAAAAGAGUAUAGCUUCAUGGAGUGCUAUAAUUGGAGCUCAUGCAAAUGUAGAAAUGUGGCAGGAGAGCUUGAUGUUGUUUAGUGAUAUGAGCAGUAAGGGAUGCUGGAGGGCUGAAGAAAGCACAUUGGUGAGUGUGCUCUCUGCAUGUACCCAUUUAGGCGCUCUUGAUCUUGGAAGGUGCAUUCAUGGGAUUUUUCAAAGGAACAUCAGUGAGCUCAAUGUUAUUGUUGAGACUUCAUUGAUCGACAUGUAUGCCAAGUGUGGAUGCCUCGAGAAAGCUCUUUAUCUGUUCCAAAACAUGGCCGAGAAGAAUCGAUUCUCUUAUACUGUGAUGAUAUCUGGGCUUGCCAUGCAUGGACAUGGCAAGGAAGCUCUGAGAGUUUUUCUGGAAAUGCAGGAACAAGGUUUGGCACCAGAUGAUGUCGUCUAUGUGGGUGUAUUAAGUGCUUGCAGCCAUGCUGGUCUGGUCAAUGAGGGUCUAAAGUGUUUCAAUCUCAUGCAAUCUGAGCAUGGGAUUGAACCAACAGUUCAGCACUACAGCUGCAUGGUGGACCUUUUGGGGCGAGCAGGGAUGCUCAAGGAAGCCUAUGAACUCAUAAAGAGCAUGCCAAUUGCACCAAAUGAUGUGGUGUGGAGGAGCCUUCUUAGUGCUUGUAAAGUUCACCUUGAUUUAGAAUUAGGCGACAUUGCUGCUCAGAAUCUUUUCCAGCUGAACUCUAGAAAUCCUAGUGAUUAUUUGGUGCUAUCAAAUAUGUAUGCGCAAGCUAAAAGGUGGGAUGACGUGGCAAGGAUUAGAAAAGCAAUGGCUGAAAAAGGCCUGAUUCAAACUCCUGGGGUUAGCUUGGUUGAAGCAAAGAGGAAGGUCUACAAAUUUGUCUCACAGGACAAGUCUCAGCCCCAAUGUGAAAGCAUCUAUGACAUGAUUAACCAAAUGGAAUGGCAGUUGAAAUUCGAAGGCUAUAUACCAGACACAUCACAAGUGUUGCUUGAUAUAGAUGAAGAGGAAAAGAGGCAGAGACUGAAAUAUCAUAGUCAGAAGCUAGCAACUGCAUUUGCACUAAUACAUACAUCUGAAGGAGCUCCCAUAAGAAUAUCAAGAAACCUUAGGAUGUGUAGGGACUGUCACACCUACACCAAGUUUAUUUCGAUGAUUUACGAGCGAGAAAUCACUGUAAGAGACCGUCAUAGGUUCCACCAUUUUAAAGAUGGAACUUGCUCCUGUGGAGAUUAUUGGUAGAUCUCUUUAUAUUUGCAUUCGAGUUGUGAUGCGCAGGUGGAUUUCCUGUUUUAAAGGUCUCAUGUCAUAUCCCUCACAGAUGAUUCUCAAUCUGUUCACAUGGGAUGAUUGGAGAUUGGGGAAUUGUUGUGCACAUCGUUCGUAAAUGGUGUUACAAUUUCAGGACACCCAGGGAGGUCAAACAGAAGAGCAAGAAGAAAAAAGUCAGAACAUAGUUUUGACCAAAGCUACGCAACACAAUUCUAUUUCAAGUUUCAGAAAUGGUUCGCACAUCAGAACAUUCAAAGAUCUUAGGCGACAAAUUGGAACAUUCAACACAGAACCUGGAGGAAGAGCAGAGACAAUGAAGAGUUCCUUUCUUAUUGUACAUUUUUCAAGAAUACUGUAACAGACACCAGGCUUACUGUCCCCUCAUCUUUUUCCUCAUACGCAAAAGAAACUAAUUCACCUAGUCUACAACAUGCAUUCCUUGCAAAUAUUUUGCGGUCUUUUGCAAUAUUCAAUUCAAGGUAAUCAGCUUAUUCAAUAUGGAUUGCAGACACUGCUGAUGUGAUUUCAUUGGUUCGUGGGUCAGCAUUCUCUAAGGAAACUCCACGAGGAUCUUCUGUAACAAGCAAUGCAAGCACAUCGAGUGAACUCCAAACUUUUGUCACUUUUGUGCUUGAACCUCCUAAGGUGACAGUGAAGACUGCAUCGAAUCCUCCUGCUCCUGGAACUCCUGCCAACAAAACUCCUUCCAAGUUCAUAGUAGCGUCAAGAAGUUGUGUCUGUGAUUCUGGUUCAAUCUGUACAUUUUGCAACUCAUGAGACUAUUGGACUCAUAAUUCUUAUUUAAAUCGCUAAACUAAUCAACCAAGAAAGCAAAUGUGAGUGUAUCUUAUCUGUGAUUACACUUGGAAUAGAGAUUAUAAAUGCUAUACGUCUUCUAGUUACA